AUUUUUUUUUCUAUAGGAGGAUGUUCAUUUUAUAACUGAAACACCCACUAGAACCCAUAUAAAUAGAACCUAAAGGCCAGUCUGUGUAUCCACACUUGUCUGGGUCAGAGGGACACCACCAAAAUAUCACCAUGGCUAAUCGCUCUGUUAGAGGUUCAUCCUAUCAAACAUCAAGUUCAGGAGGGUAUGGGGGUAGCAGCUAUGGAGGAAACUCAGGUGGUGGCUUUGGAAGUGGUUUUGCUGCUAGCGGCUACGGUGGUGGAUCCAGUAGUGGGUAUUCCUUAGGCUCUGCUGGUUUAGGUGGGGGUGGAUUUGGGGGCUAUGGUGGUGGAUCCGGUGGUGGGUUUUCCUUAGGUUCUGCUGUUGGUUUUGGUGGAGGUGGAUCUAGUGGCUUUGGUGGCUCUGCUGGAAGUGAGAAGCAGACAAUGCAAAACCUCAAUGACCGUCUAGCCUCUUACCUGGAUAAAGUGAGAGCACUGGAGGCUUCCAAUAAUGACCUGGAAAUUAAGAUCAGAGAAUGGUAUGAAAAACAAACUAGUGCUCAUGGAACUGCCACAGGCAAAGAUUACAGCAAAUACUAUGAGACCAUCAAUGACUUGAGAAGCAAGAUCCUGGCUGCCACUAUUGAAAACUCUAGAGUUGUUCUGCAAAUUGACAAUGCCAGACUGGCUGCUGAUGACUUCAGACUGAAGUAUGAGAAUGAACUGGCUCUCCGCCAGAGCGUGGAAGCUGACAUCAAUGGCCUCCGCAGAGUCCUUGAUGAACUGACCCUGUCUAGAGCAGACCUGGAGAUCCAGAUUGAGAGCUUGUCUGAAGAGCUAGCCUUCAUGAAGAAGAACCAUGAGGAGGAGGUGGGCAUUGCAAAGAGCAGUGCUGCUGGCCAAGUUAACGUAGAAAUGGAUGCUGCCCCAGGUAUCGAUCUCACAAAGCUUCUGAAUGACAUGAGAGCAGAUUAUGAAGCAUUGGCUGAGAAGAACCGUAGAGAAGCCGAGGCAUGGUUCGCCCAAAAGAGUGGUGAGAUAAAGCAGGAGAUCACAGCUGGCGUGGAACAAGUGAAUACAAGCAAGAGUGAAAUCUCUGACCUCAGACGUACCCUCCAAGGCUUAGAGAUUGAGCUCCAAUCUCAACUAGCAAUGAAAAAAUCCCUUGAAGAAACACUGGGUGAGACAGAAGGCCGCUAUGGACAACAACUUCAGCAGUUACAGAAUCACAUCAGCGGGCUAGAAGAACAGCUCAUACAGAUCAGAUCAGAUACGGAACGCCAGAGCCAGGAAUAUAGAGAGCUUCUUGAUAUUAAGACCAGACUAGAGCAGGAAAUUGAAACCUAUCGUAUCCUGUUGGAGGGAGAUUUAAGUCUACUGGGUUUCGGUUCAAGUUCAAGUUCAAGUGCAAACGUAGCCGUCAAAUCAUCUUCAUCUUCAUCAUCCGCACAGAUUACCCAAUCACAGACAUCUUCUGUAGACUCUAAAAAAGAUCCAAACAGAACCAGAAAAGUUAAGACCAUUGUUGAAGAAGUUGUGGAUGGAAAGGUUGUCUCAUCAAGGGUUGAAGAGGUUGAAGAAAAGGUCAAUUAAACAGAGAGAGGAAUCUGUGGCCGGAAGGCAGUGGUGUUGGCUUAUGGGACACUUCUAUUCUAAUCCUUUAAUUGAA